AUGGACCUUAUUGUUGGUAUACCCACGACAGCAGCUGGUUAUCGUGCAAUUAUUGUUUUUAUCGAUCGGCUUACAAAACGAGCUAAUUUUGAAUCAGCUGAAUUUCAGGACACUGCAGUUGAUACAGCGACAAUUUACUUUGAAACAAUAUUUUGUCAUCAUUGUUUACCCAGAAUCAUUAUAAGAACAAAAACUUCAUUAUCAACGGCACUUCACCUACAAACAGAUGGACAAGGUGAAACAUUAAAUAGAACUGUAGAAGAAAUGCUACGACAUUAUUCAGCACAACAACCAGAGAAAUGGGAUGAGACAUUAACACACCAAUAA